ACUCUGUGGAGCGGGUGCAAGCGCGAGGCGGGGCCUCUGCGCCCGGCCCGCUUCCCGAACUAUAAAAGCAGCCGCGGCUGUUGGGCUCCACCGCGCCUUACACGUACCUGAGAGUCUCUCGCUUGGGAUCUCCAGUCUCACCGCUACUCGAAAUGGACCCUAACUGCUCCUGCGCCACUGGUGGCUCCUGCACAUGCACCAGCUCCUGCAAGUGCAAAGAGUGCAAAUGCACCUCCUGCAAGAAGAGUAAGUGUGGGGCCAUCUCCAGGAAUCUGGGGCUGUGGCUAAGGUUGGGAGGGAGCCCGAGGCUGGCCCUGAGUGCAUCCUUCUGGGGAACUGGGCUUUCUUUGUCCCUGUUGGCGGUGUCAUUUUCUCUCCAUGCUUUGUGCCCUGAGUUGAGACAGAACAGCAAAUAUUUUGUCUGUUGUGACACAAACCCCAACUGUACCACCCAUGGUUUCAGGACAGAGUUGCACCAAGCUAAAAAAGCAUCCUCUGGGUCUGGGGUCCCAGCUGGAGCCAGGCUUGUUACUGGGGCAGGGAGGUGCCUGGUCAAGUCUACUGCCACCUCUCACUCUCCCCUUCUUCCCCAGGCUGCUGCUCCUGCUGCCCCGUGGGCUGUGCCAAGUGUGCCCAGGGCUGCAUCUGCAAAGGGGCAUCAGAGAAGUGCAGCUGCUGUGCCUGAUGUGGGGACAGCUCUGCUUCCAGAUGUAAACAGACCAACCUGCACAAACCUGGAUUUUUUUUAAUGCAACCCUGAACUGUUUGCUGCAUUUCUUUUUCUAUUAAAUAUGUGAAUGACAAUAAAACAAUUUUGACUUGAA